AAGGCAGCGAGUGAGAGACCCGCAAACUCCCUUUAUUUUGAAAACCCAGAGUCAAGGCGUUUACGUAUUCCGCCUCGUGCUUUUCCAGAGUCUUCUUUCUUGAGCCGUCAGAAAUCUUUUGAUGCACUUGCGAUCAUAAGACAUCAUAUUCCACUCUUCCCUCCUGCGCGCCUGCAACCCCAUCCAACUCGACAGACGAAUUUCGCAGAACAAACCCUCGAUCCAUCGCGCAGUUUACAGCCGAUUCUUUACAACCCCUCCAUCCCACCCCUCCAACUGCCCCAGUCAAUAUCCGGAUUCCCCGCCAACCCUCUCCGAUAAGCACCCUUUAGCCCCGCGA